AUGUCGCGCAUCGUGCGCACGCAGGAGUUCGAAGCCUACAACAACACCUUCAAGGAACUGCUGGCUCGUGGAAACCUGAGCUCCCUCUUCGCGGAAGACGUCCGUCGCCUUCCCGCUAAGUUAUGGCGAAAGUACGGGGCAUAUUCCCUGCUAACGUUGCGGGAGAGCGCGAAGAACUUGGUGACGCCGCAGCUGUCGAAGCGAGUGAGGGACGAGAUGGACGUCCUCAGGAGGAUCAACGUCACGCAGACCGAGGCCGUGUAUCGGCUCAAAAGCUUGCUUAGAGACACUGCCGGAACGACUUCGCGAGUGGAAACGGGAACUCUGCUUGAGCAACUUGGGGACUCCUGGGACUGGCGGGAAGAGAACAUCACCAGUUUGAAGCCCAUCCUUUUCGUCAUACCCAUUACGAUGCUCACCAACGUGCGCGACGACAGGGCCGUUGCAAGGAUAUUCGAAGAAGUGAAUCUGUGCAUGAACAACCUGAACACCAAAUCGGAAUCGUGUCCGAGUCAGCAGGAGUCAAGAGGCGAAGUGAUGACCCCGCGCGCCCAGUACAUGUUGUCACUACGGGAGUGGCUCAUCGAGAAGACCUACGGCGACCCCAGCAACUGGGACCGAGACACAUUCGCCAGGAUGACCGACCUCAGCAUCCUGCCCGCCUCCAUCUUCAGGCGCCUCCGUCCCGACGUUCUUUUGUCCCGCAAGGCCGAGAUCUUAGCUACUCUGAGGGGCAGGGCGCAGAUGGUGAAGGCCCUGGGUCGCUACCUCGUCGAGAAGAUCUUCGAGGCCGAGAACGUGCGGCGUGACGACUACAACCCGCAGCUGCUCGUCUCUCAGCAGGAGAUCACCAGGAUCAAAGAGGUGAUCAGCCAGUUGCGAAGCGCAGGCCUCAUGCAGUUCGUGUACGCCACCGACCUGCCCAAUGAGGUGCUAGACGCUGACGGAAAAAGCAUUCGUGGAGAGGUAGACUCCUUCAUGACCAGCGCUCUCCAAGAAGGCUCUAUCGAUGCGAAGGUGCUGGAAAGAGGAAUGCAGGAUUUGAUCCCCUUCACCCUGCCAUUCACCAGAGACCAAAUCCUUCUCCUAGGGAUGAACCGCCUGGCCCUGGCGUCGGGCCUGAUGCUCAACCUCACUCUUAGUCGCUACAGCGUCUCCGCCGGAGACCUCAGGAGGCUUCUGGCGGUCAUCCAGAACACGGCAGGCGCCACCGCCGGAGCAAAGAUGAUGCUAAUCAAGGACAGAGUGUUCGAAGUGGCAUCCGGAGGUGGGAGGACGCUAGAUUUGAGCACCGUCCCUGAUGAGCUCAUGGGCGUGAUGCCAAUGCAGUAUAUUGAUGGCAUGUCCUUAACCAGCAAACUCUACGCGCUGGGUGGAAAUACCUCUUACAACACAGCUCUGUUGUCCAGCCUUGUUUCUGGUGUAAGUAUGAAUGACGUAAGACAUUGUUAA